AUGAAUGUGUCAGGCAACAGCUCAAACAUCGUCCCCAUUUCCAAAGGGGAGAUAGCUGGCUUGGCCAUUCGGGCCAUCUGCUUCUUUCUGGGCAUAUUUGGAAACAUAGCAGUUGUAGUGGUCCUUGUGCGCAACUUCAAGAAGACAAACUUCACCCUGCAACUGAUGCUGAACCUGGCGGCCUCGGACAUCUUGUGCUUGGCAAUGCUGCCUCUGUGGAUAUGCAACCUUCUCUUCGGCUGGACCAUGGACCUCCAUUUGUGCCGGUUCUUCUGUUUCGUCACCCUCACUGCUGUUCACGCCAGUGUGUUUAUCGUGACCCUGAUGAGCGUGCAGAGGUACGUGAUGGUCCUGUACCGUCCGCAGUGGUCCAGGCUCGGGAGACGAGGGGAGCGUGGUGUGUUGGGCCUUGUGUGGGUGCUGGCUGCCGCUCUCGCCAUCUCUCCUGCGGCCACCUACGGUAUCAUCACGGGGGACGGAUCCAGGCCGAUCUGUGAGCAGGUCUUCAGGUCAGAAGAGCAGAAAGUGGGCGUUCUUCUGCUUGAGACGAUGGCUAUGUUUGUCGUACCAUUCAGCACAAUGUUGGUUUCCUAUCUUUGUCUGCACAAGAAGGUCAGCGCCAAAGCCCUGGGGUCACAUCAGAGGUUGGCAGUGCUGGUGACCAGCAUCGUGGUGACCUUUUUCAUCUUCUGGAUUCCAUAUCACGUCGUCAACGUGAUGAUCAUCGCUGCCCCCUUGGAACCGGUCAAGCUGGUGCAACGGGUGGCCUUCAGGGGACCCAGACGAGUUGUUCAGGGAAUCGUUUUAUUCAACAGCUGUGUGAAUCCCUUGCUGUACGCCUUCAAUUAUCGCAGAUAUCGGGAUGAACAGCCAGGGACUGAGGUCAACAACACACAGAUCUCCAAUGACUCCUCCUGA